AUGGGUGUUGGCUUCCGACCUCGUGGCUCUGGUGGCUUCCGAGGCAGGCGUGGUGGUUCCAGUUUCCAUCAAGAAAAUCAAGGACCCCCGGAAGAAGUAGUGGAGGCUGGUACUUUUCUGCAUCCUUGUCAAGAAGAUAUCAUAUGCCGGCUUACAAGCGAGAAGAUCCCUUACUUCAAUGCACCCGUUUAUCUCCACAACAAGGAGGAGAUUGGUAGGGUCGAUGAGAUCUUCGGGCCGAUCAGAGAUGCAUUCUACAUCGAUCCUUACAAAUUCCUAUCUCUGGAUCGAGUGCUUAACCCUGCUUCUAACCGAGGUCGAGGUGGAGGACGGGGGCGGGGAGGUGACUCUCGAGGAGGUCGCGGUCUCUCCCGUGGGGGUCGCGGCAGCUUUCGCGGGGAUUUCCGGGGUGGUCGAGGUGGCGCUCGAGGCGACUUUCGUGGUGGUCGUGGGGAUCAUCGAGGUGGGCGCGGAGAACACCGAGGUGGUAAUCGUGGGGAGUAUCGAGGCGGACGUGGAGAACAUCGAGGUGGUGGUCGUGGCGAUUCUCGUGGUGGCUGGGGUGAUUCCAGAGGUGGUCGCGGUGGCCGUGGACGUGGCGACUUCCGUGGGGGCCGAGGGGAUUUCCGCGGGCGAGGAGCCAGCAAUUCCUUUGUUGCCAAAAGAGAAUCAGGGGAUUCACUUGGCUCUGGUGAGGCCAAGAAGAUGCGUUUCGAUGAAUGA